UUUGUUGGGAGGGAACUGCUACGCGCACACCGAGGCAGAGGCAGAGAGCCGUCCGUCCGCCCGUCCCAAAGUUGCGGGCUUUUGUGGGAGAGGAGCGCGCAAUCCACACACAGUGUAGAGAGGGAGAGAGAAAGCGUCCUUCUUCCUCCUCCCCGACUCCGGCCGGCGAGGUCGGGACGGAGCUCCGCCGCUCCACCGAGCCGCGGAUCGGUGGCGUAGGCAGUUGAGGGGCUGAGGAGGUGAAAGAAAGAGGCAACGAAAGCACCCAUGGUGAUAGCUUCCGGAGUGAUUGACAGGGGACACCUGUCCUCGUUCGGCGGCCCACCGCCAGACUCGUCGUCGUCGUUCUUCUCCGAAGACCUUGUCCCCACAGAGAGGCAGGUUGGGUUCUGGAAAUCGGAGUCAAUGGUGGAUCAGAGAGGGAGCAAGCCAGUUUUUGCUUCUCCACUUGAGAAGAUCCAUCCGACGGGAGCAAAUCCUGAAGGCAGUCUGGAACAAACAGGGGGCCAAGUCUUCAAGGGCCUAGAUGCCCUUCGCGUCAGUAAAGCGAUGGGGCAAGGAAAUGCGUCAAGUUCGCCAUCAACAUCCUGGGGUGAUAUGCUCACGACCCCUGGAUCUAGAUUUGGCUUGUCUGAUAGAGAGACGGCUAUUGCCGAAACAGCUGGUGGCAACCCGAGGAUAAUGGCCACUGGUGUUUGUGGCCAGUCUGCUAGCUUCAUCUGUGAGGGAGAUGAACCUCUAGGGUCCAUGGAGGAAAUUGAAGCUCAAACCAUUGGAGAUCUUCUACCAACCGAUGAUGAUUUGAUAUCAGGCGUUAUCGAUGGCUUUGAACUCUCUGGCCUGUCUAUCAACCAGGAUGAUGCUGAUGAAGAUAUAUUUUGCACUGGAGGAGGGUUGGAGCUUGAGAAUGACGAUUCCAUCUCCAUUAAAGGUGCAAGAAAUGUGGAAGGAUCCUCAAAGUGCCAUUUUCCUGGGGAGCACCACAUUAGCAGAUGUCCUUCCAGAUCACUUUUUGUCACAAACAUCAACACCAACAUUGUUGAUUCUGAUCUGAGAGUUCUGUUUCAGCAAUAUGGGGACGUGCAUAAGCUUUUCACCUGCAAGGAACAUGGGUAUGUAAGAGUGUCGUACUAUGACAUACGAGUUGCCCAAAACGCAAUGAGAGCACUCCAUGGCAAGCCUCUGGGGCCCGUGAAGCUUGAUGUACAAUUUUGCAUUCCUAAGGGAAAUGCUUCAGAUAAGGGUAUGAACGAGGGGAUUUUGGCGGUGUCUAACAUCGACCCAUCUGUUUCCAAUGAUGAUCUUCUCCAAGCACUUACUGUUUAUGGUGAUGUGAAGGAGAUUUCCAGGGCUUCUACAAGCUGCAAUAAGAAACUCGUUGAGUUCUACGAUGUCAGAGCGGCAGAAGCAGCACUAUAUGACCUUAAUAAGGGUGCUAUCUCAGGCCCAAAAAUCAAGGCUGAAGUUAGCAAUCCCGGAGGGGCAAAUUUUGGCUUGAGACAACAGUAUCCGAGAGAGUGGAAGCUUGAUGGUUCCCCUCACCAGCCUAGAAACUCUCCGCCUGGGAUCAUUGGAGGCCCUAGAAGUCAUGAGAACAGCAGUCUGCAUAAUUUAUUUUCUCCAGUUAGUCCGCAGUUGGAUAGAUCACCCCAUGGCAUCGCUUCAAGUGGCCCUCAGAAGCUGUCGUCGCCUAUCAGAAUUGAACCUGCACGUCAGUACAAUAAUCAAGCUGCUAUUAGUGAACUUGGCGGAUCGCUUGGUCAAGGAAACUUUGGACAUGGAAUGCAGAUGUUCCAGCCACACUCACUGCCGGAGUGUCAGAACGGUAUGUGUAAUAUCUCCAAGUCCAUGACAUCAAGUGGCAGGAGUGCUGGCUUCAGAGUAGAUGGAGUGGAUUACAGUCAUCUCCAGAAAGUGGGCUCUGGUAGCCUUCAUGGUCAUUCCUUCGAUCAAAAUAAUGAAGCAUUUGGGCCUACCGGCGUUGGAAGUUUUCCCCUCAAUGGACACCACUACAGUUGGAAUAGCUCAAAUGCUUUCCCUCAAAGUCCCUCCUCUCCAAUGCUGUGGUCGAACAUGCAGCACCCAGGGCACAUGCAUGGUUAUCCUGGUGUCGUGCCACCUCACACACUGAAUAACGGUGCUUAUCCUAUGGAUCAACACCACAUGGGUUCAGCUCCAAACAAUGGAGGCGGUUUCAGAAAUGCGCGCUCUGUUCACCCAGGGUCUCUUGGGAGUGUAGGGUUUCCUGGUAGCCCUCAGAUGUAUCCAUCAGAUGUCCCUGUCUUCACACCUGCCAGGGGAAGUUACAGGGACACCAUGUUCUCCCCAGUUGGUGCCGGAUUCCCAUCGCUGCAACAGAUGUGCAAUGUAAUGAACCGAAGGAACCCUAUGGUCCAGGUUUCCGCUUCCUAUGAUGCUACGAAUGAUCGGAUGAGGAGAAGCAGACAUGAUGGAAACGCUGCUGUCCAGCCAGAAAAUAAGAGGCUGUUUGAGCUUGACAUCGAGCGGAUAGCGCAGCAUGAAGACCCACGCACCACAUUAAUGAUUAAAAACAUUCCUAACAAGUACAACUGUAAACUGCUUCUGGGCGUCAUUGAUGAGAAUCAUCGUGGAACUUAUGAUUUCGUCUACCUUCCGAUCGACUUCAAGAACAAAUGCAACGUGGGCUAUGCUUUCAUCAACAUGACCGAUCCACAGCACAUAAUUCCGUUUUACAAGACAUUUAAUGGCAAGAGAUGGGAAAAAUUCAACAGCGAGAAGGUGGCAACACUCGCAUAUGCUAGAAUCCAGGGCAGAAAGCAAUUAGUUGCCCAUUUUCAGAAUUCUAGCCUGAUGAAUGAAGACAAAGGGUGUCGCCCUAUACUCUUCGGCGAGGAUGGGGUGCAGGAACCUUUCCCUGUUGGGAACAACAUCCGGCCUAGGUCCGGGAGGAACAGGCCGCUCCACAGCUCGGACACCAGAGGAGACGCGAGCCUGUCGACCUCGCCUAACCUGGAGAACUCUAGCCGCAGGGCUAACGCGGUCUAGGGCGAUGACUCGAUCUUGGCUCACUAACUGGAGGACGAAGAAGCUGCAAUAAAUUACCCCCAGUUUUGCUAUUUAUUUUUCUCUCCGGCAAGGCUGGGGCAUGUAGCGAGUUCGGACGGUCUGCUGGCGAUUCGCCGUGAGUAAGUUGCGCAAGGGCGCCCUCGUUUUUGCCCCGCCGACGAACUCUAGAGUUCGGACGGUUGCAAGGUGGGCGAAAUGCGCAGGAGGUGAUGUGUGUUUUGUGUGUGUGUGUGUGUCAAGAAGAGGGAUGGGGAGCUGUACAGUUGAGUUGGAGGGGUGUUGGAUGCUAAUCUGACUUGAAUGCUUUUAAUUUAAACUCGGUUCAUUUUGCUUGGAUUA